GUGUAGUACAGUAUAAGAAAAACAAUGGCAACGCAGUUGACUACGGAAGGAAAAUAGCCACUAUCCAUUUAAACUAGAAAAACAGGCGGCAAAACGAAACCAGUGGUACUAACUGCUUUAGUAUUUUCUGUAGUUUUACUCAGCCUUUCAUGAUAUUCUCCAACCACAGACAGGAUAUUCCGCUGGGUUAACUACCAAGACGAUGUGAAGAAGUCUUUAUUUGUAUGCAGCCGACAGGUAGGAUAUACCGCGCAGUGCAAGGCUACCGAAAAUAACUGGAGUCUGCCAGGAGUCUGCUCAUAACAUUUCGUGUUCCGGUUUGCUAAAUUGAAACGUUUUUGUCAUUGAGAGUGUAGUUUUACAUGUCUAUGCACUCUGUUUUGAUAUCGCUAUUGCAAACAAAAUGGAGGUUGCUAAGUUGUCUGUACCAUGGACCAGGCUUAGUUUAACAGCGAGUGUUAUUGAACUGUUUCUGUGAGAGACAUAGUUACACAUAAAUACAUUAAACUCAUAGACGGAUUCAUUCCAGAAUAAAAGCACAAAUUAUGUAACGUUAAUGAUUAUGUUUACAAUAAAACAGGGUGUUUUGUUAUGGGACACGCCUCACUAACAGGCAUUAAAACAAUAGAAUAUUAAAAGGAGGUCCAGACACACAGAAUGACCGACUCUGAUGACACAGCCAGUGUUCCCGGCUGCUCCGGCCUCAGCAGCGAGACAGGGCUGAGUUUCCCAACGGGCAGAGGACUACUAGGCCGGGUAAGGAGUCUGUCCUCCCCCGCCCCCCCUGCAAGACUGACCUCGCUCAGAACAAGGGACUUGACACUGGGGGGAGUCUUUAAGAAACCAAAGAAAUGCUUUGAGCCAAAUGUCCACGCUGUGAGGAAAAACAAAGAUGAGUUAAAGGAAGAGAUCAGAGCGGCUCCUAAAAAAGAGAAGAGAGAGAGGGAUGAGAGGAAGAGGGAGAGCAGGGGGAGGAGGAGAGAGAGGCCGCAGACCAUCCAGUCUCACUCCAUCUUCGAGCAGGGUCCUGCCGACACCUUACGCAAAACAGGCUGGCGUGGUGCUACAGACCUACACGCCUCCACCACAUCUCCUGCCUGUAAACUGGUGAAGAAGGAGAGGAAGGAGUCAGAGGAGGAUGAAGAUGAGAUACUCAGUAAACUACAAAGGGACGAUUUCAUAGAUGAUCCAGGUCUGAGGAACGAUGAAAAGCUGACGCCCAUCCAGCUGCCUCUGUGUCAGCCCAGCAGCUUCUCAAAGACACGGACAUCCAGCACAUGUCCAGAGAAGCCUCGUGUGUUCAGAGCUCCAUCCUGUAGAGCCGGAAUCAGAACAGAGCUGCCCAGAGCAGAGCAGCCUUCUGUGGGAGAGCUGCUGCAGCAGCUCAGACUGUCGGACAGAGAGGAGCUCUUCUUCAUGCAGCUUCCUGACAGCAUGCCGGGCAGAGCUGCACAGAAAGUGGACCCCCCUCCAGCACCUGCAGCAGAGAAACCUGACAAGAAGGAAGGCAAGCUUGCAGACAAGAGGCCGGCACAGCUGCAAGCACAGGUGCCGCUGAAGGAAGGCUGUCCUGUGCUGUCCCAGCUGCCUGAAGGAUUUCUGGGUAAACUGCAGAUCAGGAAGUCCGGAAAGGUGGAGCUGAAGAUGGGUCAGGUUGUGAUGGACGUCUCUGAGGGAGCUGCUUUCUCCUUCCUGCAGCAACUGGUGUCUGUGCGUCUGUCUGACGGUCGAACUGGAGACAUGAUGGUGUUGGGAAACGUCCGUCACAAACUGGUCUUGUCUCCUGACUUCCAGGCGUUACUGAGGGAAGCUUCACCACAGCAGUCACAAGGACCCUGAACGCCUCUCGAGGUCACUGACUCUUUGACACUGUGUACGAUGGCUGAUCGGAUGUUGUGGGAUCACACCCACACACCACUGUGAAGGAAGUGACCUGGAGUCUAAUAUAUUCUUCAUACCUCUGGUUUGAGGUUAAGGCAGCUAUGCAGGCUAUCAACGGCAACCUGCAUUAUUUGUAUGCUUGAAUUGAGCCUAGCACAUUUUAAAUAUCGUGUGAUAGAAAAACAAACUCAUAAACAGUUUUUACCUCUGAUGUGAAGACACUGCCAGUUUUUGGAAAGAUGCUUUAAAAUUAUGGUAUUAGAACCCUCCCCACUGAUCUACAAGGACUCAAUUGUAGAUGUUACCUGAGCACUGAAUACCUGUUAACUGAUGACUUCUCUCACUCUAUCAGUUGUAAAUGCACCAGCAGAGCACUCAGAAUGAUAGUGACACCAGGUUGUUAUCAUAUGCCGGAAGCUUCCAGACUUUAGUCCAACACUGAGUGACUGUAAUUUGAAUUUACAGAUUCUUUCAUAAUGGAACUUUCCCAUGCUUCAGUGUAUCAGUCUGACAGUGUGGAUGAUAGUUGAUCCAGUAGAUGCACUUAUUGCAGUUACAUUUUCUCUCCACUAGAUGGCGCCUACUAUACAUUUUGUAUUCUGAUCUGCUGUUAAUCUGUUACUUCCUCUAUUUUUAAUUGUCUGUUUUAACAUGCUUUGUAUAUUCUAUUUUUGUAAACCUGUAAUUAUCUCUUGAAGAAAAUAGAUUUGAAUGUCAAGGGACUUCCUGGUUAAAUAAAAAAACAACUCAUGUA